AUGCAGACCGGAACACUGGGCCACCCAAUAAGCAUAUCCGGUGGAUCUCCAUUUCAGGGAUCCCUAUACCGUGGGCCCGAUUCAUUUAAGGAGAGGAUGGCCACCUUUGAUUGGUACUUUACUCCUUUGUACCAUAGCUCUCCAGCCCAACCACCUUUGGUUGAACCCCAACUCCAAGUUGUUUCACCGCCACCACUUCCUGUUGAGGAGCCACCUCAGCAGCCACCGCAACCACCUCCCGAGCCUCUGAGGCAAAGGAGGAACGCACGUAUAUCCGUGCGAGGAGGACCUCGUUUCAGUUCUCCUCAGGGUUCGAGUUCUUAUCCCCCUAUUCCAGAGGAUCCCCAGAUGGGUUGGCCCUCGAACGCGGCGCCGGAGGUCGAUCCUCCGCCAGCUUCUUAUGUACCGCCUCAGCCGCCUAUGGGCUUUGAUAACCCAAUCCCAACGUACCCAGGUUCUUCCGGGUACAAUCCUUUUGAAAACACAUCGGGGUAUCCAUUGGACUAUGGAACUCAAGACCUGUAUCUUACAGCUGCACAGUACCAUCACCUUUACCCUUCUUCUUACCCUCCAGUUCAUCCAACUGGAUACCCGGUACAGGGUUAUCAAUACCCGCCGUACCAGUAA